CGCCCGGCCCGCCAGCCGCCACCGCCUUUUUUUUUUUCGCCACCAUGAACUCGCUCUUCAGGAAGAGAAACAAAGGCAAAUACAGCCCCACUGUGCAGACCCGGAGCAUCUCUAACAAGGAGCUUUCAGAGCUGAUCGAGCAGCUGCAGAAGAAUGCCGACCAGGUGGAGAAGAACAUCGUGGACACGGAGGCCAAGAUGCAGAGUGAUGUGGCUCGGCUGCAGGGCGGUCGGCAGCCUGAGCACCGAGACGUGACCCUGCAGAAGGUGUUGGACUCCGAGAAGCUGCUCUAUGUGCUGGAGGCGGACGCGGCCAUUGCCAAGCACAUGAAACACCCACAGGGGGACAUGAUUGCUGAGGAUAUCCGCCAGCUGAAGGAGCGCGUGACCAACCUGCGCGGGAAACACAAGCAGAUCUACAGCCUGGCGGCGAAGGAAGUGGACCCACAGGUCAACUGGGCGGCGCUGGUGGAGGAGAAGCUGGACAAGCUGAGCAGCCAGAGCUUUGGGACUGACCUGCCGCUGGUGGACCACCAAGUGGAGGAGCAUAACAUCUUUCACAACGAGGUCAAGGCCAUCGGGCCCCACCUGGCCAAGGACGGGGUCAAGGAGCAGAACAGCGAACUUCGGGCCAAGUACCAGAAACUGCUGGCAGCAUCACAGGCCCGGCAGCAGCACCUGAGUUCACUGCAGGACUACAUGCAGCGUUGCACCAACGAGCUGUACUGGCUAGACCAGCAGGCCAAGGACCGCAUGCAGUACGACUGGAGUGACCGCAACCUCGACUAUCCCAGCCGCCGGCGCCAGUACGAGAAUUUCAUCAACCGGAACCUGGAGGCCAAAGAGGAGAGAAUCAACAAACUGCACAGCGAGGGUGACCAGCUGCUGGCAGCCGAGCACCCCGGGAGGAACUCCAUUGAGGCACACAUGGAGGCUGUGCACGCAGACUGGAAGGAGUACCUGAACCUGCUCAUCUGCGAGGAGAGUCACCUCAAGUACAUGGAGGACUACCACCAGUUCCACAAAGACGUGAAGGACGCUCAGGAGCUGCUGCACAAGGUGGACUCGGACCUGAACCAGAAAUACGGCCCUGACUUCAAGGACCGGUACCAGAUUGAGCUGCUGCUGCGGGAGCUGGAUGACCAGGAGAAGGUGCUGGACAAGUAUGAGGACGUGGUGCGGGGGUUGCAGAAGCGAGGCCAGCAGGUGGUGCCCCUCAAGUACCGCCGGGAGACUCCGCUCAAGCCCAUCCCCGUGGAGGCACUCUGUGACUUUGAGGGGGAGCAGGGCCUGAUUUCACGGGGCUACAGCUACACCCUGCAGAAGAACAACGGGGAGAGCUGGGAACUCAUGGACAGCGCUGGGAACAAGCUGAUUGCUCCGGCUGUCUGUUUCGUGAUCCCCCCCACAGACCCUGAGGCCCUGGCUCUGGCUGACAGCCUGGGCAGCCAGUACCGGAGCGUGCAGCAGAAGGCAGCCGGGAGCAAACGCACGCUGCAGCAGCGGUAUGAGGUGCUGAAGACCGAGAACCCUGGAGAUGCCUCUGACCUACAAGGGCGGCAGCUGCUGGCUGGCUUGGACAAGGUGGCCAGAGACCUGGACCGGCAGGAGAAGGCCAUCACAGGGAUCCUGCGGCCACCGCUGGAGCAAGGCCGGGCUGUGCAGGACAGUGCUGAGCGGGCCAAAGACCUCAAGAACAUCACCAAUGAGCUACUGCGGAUUGAGCCUGAGAAGACUCGGAGCGCGGCUGAGGGCGAAGCCUUCAUCCAGGCCCUCCCGGGCAGUGGCACCACACCCCUGCUGAGGACCCGGGUGGAGGACACCAACCAGAAAUACGAGCGCCUGGUGCAGCUGCUGGACUUGGCCCAGGAAAAACUUGAUGUGGCCAACCGCCUGGAGAAGAGCCUGCAGCAGGGCUGGGAGUUGCUGGCCACACACGAGAACCAUCUGAAUCAGGAUGACACAGUGCCCGAGAGUAGCUGCAUCCUGGACAGCAAGGGGCAAGAGCUGGCGGCCAUGGCCUCUGAGUUACAGGCCCAGAAGUCCCUCCUGGGUGAGGUGGAGCAGAACUUGCAGGCAGCCAAGCAGUGCUCGAGCACACUGGCCAGCCGCUUCCAGGAGCACUGCCCGGACCUGGAGCGCCAGGAGGCCGAGGUGCACAAGCUGGGCCAGCGUUUCGACAACCUGUGUCAGCAGGUGGAGCGCAGGGCGCAGAGCCUACAGAGUGCCAAGGCGGCCUACGAGGACUUCCACCACGGCCGUGACCACGUGCUGCAGCUCCUAGCCAGCAUCCCCAGUUACGAGCCCCAGGAGACAGACAGCCUCAGCCAGAUGGAGACCAAGCUAAAGAACCAGAAGAACCUGCUAGAUGAGAUAGCAAGUAGGGAGCAGGAAGUACAGAAGAUCUGUGCCAUUUCCCAGCAGUACCAGCAGGCUGUAAAGGACUAUGAGUUAGAAGCAGAAAAACUAAGGUCUCUUCUCGACUUGGAGAAUGGAAGGAGCAGCCACGUGAGCAAGAGAGCCAGGCUCCAAUCUCCUGCCGCCAAAGUGAAGGAAGAGGAAGCAGCGCUUGCCGCCAAGUUCACUGAAGUUUACGCCAUCAACAGACAGAGGCUGCAGAAUCUGGAGUUUGCUCUCAAUCUCCUGAGACAGCAGCCGGAAGUCGAAGUGACCCAUGAGACGCUGCAAAGGAACAGGCCGGACUCUGGAGUGGAGCAGGCGUGGAAGAUCAGGAAGCAACUGGAUGAGGAGACUGAGCGGAGGCAGCAGCUGGAGAACGAGGUCAAGAGCACCCAGGAAGAAAUCCGGACCUUGAGGCAUCAGGGGCCUCAGGAAUCGGUGGUGAGGAAGGAGGUGCUCAAGAAGGUGCCGGAUCCCGCACUGGAGGAGAGCUUCCAGCAGCUGCAGCAGACGCUGGCAGAGGAGCAGCACAAGAACCAGUUGCUGCAGGAGGAGCUGGAGGCACUGCAACUGCAGCUGCAUGCCCUGGAGCAGGAGACCAGGGAUGGGGGGCAGGAGUACGUGGUCAAAGAGGUCCUGCGCAUUGAGCCCGACAGGGCCCAGGCGGAUGAGGUCUUGCAGCUGCGGGAGGAGCUGGAGGUACUGAGGCGGCAGAAGGCCGCCCGGGAGGCAGAGGUGCUCCUCCUGCAGCAGCGUGUGGCCGCCCUGGCCGAGGAGAAGAGCCGGGCACAGGAGAAGGUCACCGAGAAAGAGGUGGUGAAACUGCAGAAUGACCCCCAGCUGGAGGCAGAGUACCGGCAGCUGCAGGAGGACCACCAGUGCCAGGGCCAGCUCAGGGAGAAGCAGGAGGAGGAGCUGAGCUUCCUCCAAGACAAGCUCAAGAGGCUGGAGAAGGAGCGGGCCAUGGCCGAGGGCAAGAUCACCGUCAAGGAGGUGCUCAAGGUGGAGAAGGAUGCAGCCACGGAGAGGGAGGUCAGCGAUCUCACCCGUCAAUACGAGGACGAGGCUGCCAAGGCUCGCGCUAGCCAGAGGGAGAAGACGGAGCUGCUCCGGAAGAUAUGGGCCUUGGAGGAGGAGAACGCCAAAGUGGUGGUGCAGGAGAAGGUGAGGGAGAUCGUGCGGCCAGACCCCAAGGCAGAGAGUGAGGUGGCCAACCUCCGCCUGGAGCUUGUGGAGCAGGAGCGAAAGUACCGGGGUGCCGAGGAGCAGCUCCGGAGCUACCAGAGUGAGCUGGAGGCCCUCAGGAGGCGAGGCCCCCAGGUGGAAGUCAAAGAGGUGACUAAGGAAGUCAUUAAGUACAAAACUGACCCCGAGAUGGAGAAGGAGCUUCAGCGGCUUAGGGAGGAGAUCGUGGACAAGACCAGACUGAUUGAAAGGUGUGAUUUAGAGAUCUACCAGCUCAAGCAGGAAAUCCAGGCCCUGAAAGACACCAAACCCCAGGUCCAGACCAAAGAGGUGGUCCAGGAGAUCCUCCAAUUCCAAGAAGACCCUCAAACCAAGGAGGAGGUGGAGUCUCUGAGGGCAAAGCUCUCAGAGGAGCAGAAGAAGCAAGUGGAUCUGGAGAGGGAGAAGGCCUCCCAGGAAAAGCAGAUCGCCCAGAAGGAGGAGGAGCUCUCGCGAGUGAAGGAAAGGGUGGUGCAGCAGGAGGUAGUCAGGUACGAGGAGGAGCCAGGCCUGCGGGCCGAGGUGAGCGCCUUUGCCGAGAGCAUCGACGUGGAGCUGCGACAGAUUGACAAGCUGCGGGCAGAGCUGCGGAGGCUGCAGCGCCGGCGCACCGAGCUUGAGCGGCAGCUGGAGGAGCUGGAGCGUGAGCGGCAGGCCCGCAGGGAGGCCGAGCGCGAGGUGCAGCGGUUGCAGCAGCGGCUGGCAGCACUGGAGCAGGAAGAAGCGGAGGCCCGUGAGAAGGUAACCCGCAAGCAGAAGGUGGUGCUGCAGCAGGACCCGCAGCAGGCCCGAGAGCAUGCCCUGCUCCGACUCCAGCUGGAAGAAGAGCAGCACCGGCGGCAGCUCCUGGAGGGUGAGCUUGAGCCCCUCCGGAGGAAACUGGCUGCACUGGAGAAGGCGGAGGUCAAGGAGAAGGUGGUGCUCUCCGAGAGCAUCCAGGUGGAGAAGGGUGACACCGAGCAAGAGAUCCAGAGGCUCAAGAGCAACCUGGAGGAGGAGAGCCGCAGCAAGCGCGAGCUGGAUGUCGAGGUGAGCCGGCUGGAAGCCAGACUUGCGGAGCUGGAAUUUCAUAACUCCAAGUCAUCCAAGGAACUAGAUUUUCUAAGGGAAGAGAACCACAAAUUACAGCUGGAGAGGCAAAACCUGCAGCUGGAGACCCGAAGGCUCCAAUCGGAAAUUGACAUGGCAGCGACGGAAACACGAGACCUGCGGAACAUGACCGUGGCGGACUCUGGGACCAACCAUGACGCCAGACUAUGGUCCCUGGAGAGGGAACUAGAUGACCUCAAGAGGCUCUCCAAGGACAAAGACCUCGAGAUCGACGAGCUGCAGAAACGUCUGGGCUCCGUGGCUGUCAAGCGGGAGCAGCGGGAGAACCACCUGCGGCGCUCCAUCGUAGUCAUCCACCCCGACACAGGCCGCGAGCUGUCCCCGGAGGAAGCCCACCGCGUGGGGCUCAUCGACUGGAACAUGUUCGUGAAACUCAGAAGCCAGGAGUGCGACUGGGAGGAGAUCUCAGUGAAGGGUCCUAAUGGGGAGUCCUCAGUAAUACACGACAGGAAGUCUGGCAAGAAGUUCUCCAUCGAAGAGGCCCUGCAGAGCGGCAGGCUGACCCCUGCUCAGUAUGACCGCUACGUCAACAAGGACAUGUCCAUCCAGGAGCUGGCGGUCUUGGUAUCUGGGCAGAAGUAGGCACAGCUCUUGUAACUCUUCAUAGCAGCAGAUGCUGGUUCUCCUCCGACGCUGUGACCUCCCUGGUGUCGUCUUCUCCCUAGCCCUGGUGCAGGCCAAGCAUUUUUUUUUUUUUUUUUUUUUUGAGACGGAGUCUUGC